GUAUAUUAUUACAACCUAGACACCAGGGAGUCCACGGGGGACGGCCCAGGCAACGCGCUACUACAUCCAGGCUGGAAGAGAGCUUCGUCCUCUGACAGCGUGGAGGGUUUCUACGACACUAACGACAACGUGAUGAGGCCGUACUGCGUGGACAUAUCCGCUCUCGGCGAAACCAUCAUGAGGCGCUACACCCGCAAUAACUUCAAGGAAAAGGUGGACAUUCUCAAG